UUUUCAACUCCCUUCAAAUAUUAUUUUUAACUAUAUUUUACUUAACAGGAAACAGAACAAAUCGCAGCACUAAAAAUAUUAUUCUUAAUUGCUAUGGAGGAAAACAACGAUUUGGAUGAGAAAAAAGUUGGAUUUGAGGGUGAUCAUGGCGUUAAUUACAUGAACCCCUUCAACCCAACACUUCCGCCGUCCUACCAAUCGGAUCUAAACGGAAUGACUGUCCAGGUCGGAGGAAAUGGUUGCCCAGAUGACAACAAAACCAAAAAAGUCAACAACAAGCUAUUAUACAUGGCAUUGGUCGCCAUAGCUGUCAUGUGUGCGACUGCAAUUGUCAUAUGCGGAAUGCGAAAUGGACUAUUUGGAGACGAUGAAAAGGAGUGGCGGCAUAAAUCUACUGCCCAUGAACAAUGGGGUUGUCGUGAUUCGGAGCGGAGGUGGCGCAACUUUGACUACCGAUCUGAGCGAUACGACAGCCCUCGAGAUCACGGGUACAUGUCAAGCAGUGUUCCAACAUACGAACCAGUGGAUGCUUGUUUCCACUCAUACGACGACUUCAUCAUCACCGAAUGGGAUCAGGGUCUGAAGGAAAACAGAUUUGCAGAGAUAUUCACAGCCGAUGCAGUGUACAACGUCUACGACAUUCGAGACCACUCUGAUGGCUACAACCCAAAAUGCUACAUUGAAACACGCGACAGCAGCUACUAUUCCCACUACUACGGAGGCGCCUACGCUACUGGGGUCAUAAGUCCCAGCUACAUCGGCGAGGUCCAAUACAGAGCGAUGGAGAACUACCGCACACAGAUGGGCGGUCUUGGAAUCGACACUGGCCUCAUGUCGUAUUUAACUGGACACUUCGAGUAUGAUUAUGAUAGUGAGACGUCUUCUGGUUCCAGUUCCAGCACCUCAUCGUCAACGACUUCAAAAUCAACAACGUCGUCAUCUUCAUCUACGUCGUCUUCUUCGUCAAUGUCAUCUUCAACGCCACGAAAAACAACAACUCCUUUGACUUAUUCCACAGGAUCUUGGACCUGGAGUCCCUUUUACUGGUUUCAUAUGACUGCAUCACAUUAUACGACGACUCCUUCAAUGUCUGAUGACUGGCUUAGAAACUGGCACUCCACAACCAACCCGGAACUCGAUAUGAAACUGGAAGACUUUUUUGAGUCACGAGUGACUCAAAUGUACUACAGAUCUGAGCGAGUGACGGACGAGUGGAGACUGAGAUACUUCAGCGAGCAUAAUAUCGACGCCAUUUGUUCCGAGGACUCGGAUGUUUACGAAAUCGAACGAAUCGAAGCAGACUCGAGCUACUUUUGCUACGCCACUUAUGACAUGACAUUUGCAGAUCCUGGUUUCGAAACCGUGUAUCCGACUCAGUCGCCGUAUCACUACCGCCGUCGGAGAGACGCACACAACGAUGAGGCUGUGCUGGCCAACUUGGAUAAGUAUGCAGCUCAGUUCCAACUGACUAUGGAAGAGGAGGACAUAGGGUCCCUCGUGGACAAUGUGACUCGGAUGAUUCAACAGAGUCUGCAGCAGACAUUUGGAAUACAACAUCACUCCAUCCACAUGUGCUAUUAGCACCAACCACCUUUAAACUAUCAUGAUUACGCUUAAUUGCAAUUAAUCCGUCACAAUCAGUUGGAAAACUAUGUACUCAGAUUAUAUUUGAAAAAAAAAACAAACCCUUCCAUUCAAUUAUAAAAUAAAAUCCAAAUUCCCUUCUAAAUAGCGAUAUUUCAGAAAUCAAA